CUGAGAAGUAAAAGACAGGUCUCUAGCAUAUUUCUUGCCGAUUUCUGUUUGUAGUUUAUCUACAUCGUGGAGUAUCUGAGUAUUGCUUAGAAGCAUAUUCCAUAAACUUGCUUCAGGCUUUGGGCAAGAGGCUGUGAGUUGGAAGAAAAGGUGGGGAAAAGCGCUUGAAGGUAGAGUUGACUGGGUUUGACAGUAUUGCUAGAGCUUGGAGUUAGUGCCAGCAAAGACCAGCGUGGUGGCAGGCACUUGACCUGGAGACAGUGGCAGUGUUUGGGGACUGAGAUCUUUCUGGAUAUUCUUUGAUGCCAGUUCUUGAGGAUUGUUUCUUCCUUGGCACAAAGGGACUGCCCUCAACAAGCGUUUUCGAGUGCAUACUGAGUCUCUCCUUUAAAAAAAAAAAUUGCUCUUUUAAUCAACAUUUGAGAUCAGUGAUUUAACUUGAUGGAGAUGCUGGAAGUACAAGGAUAAAUAUGAAAUGACCACUUUCCUCCAGGAGCUCUCCUGCAAUUUUCACUUCAAGAACAUGGACAAGCCGGGAAGGGUGGUCCCACAGAUGAAAGAGAGGAAGGAUAAUGAGGUUAUUUUGAUGCCGUACUUUUUCCUGGAAAGACUGGGAAAGACUCUGAAUUACAAAAGAAGUUACUCCUGUUCGAGCAUCUCUUCCAUACUCUCGUCCUCUCUGCAAGCUACAGUGAUGCAUUUUCCCCGUGAAACAACCUGUAAACAGUCCAUGACAAUAAAGCUCAACAGAACCUAACCAGAGGAAGAUUGAAGGCUCCUGUGACGUUUGAUGACAUCACGGUGUGCUUGCUCCAGGAGGAGUGGAUGCUGCUGAGUCAGCAGCAGAAGGAGAUGUGUGGUUCUGACGAGCUGGUGGCACCACUGGGCAUGGGCUCCUCUUCACGUUCCCACGGCCUGAAUCUAGGACCAACUAUUGCCAGCCCAGAGCUGUUCUAUAAAUUUGAGCGAGGGCCAGAGCCAUGGCUAGCCAAGGUCCAGGGCCAGAGGAAUCUCUUGAGCCCCCACCCAGGAAAAAAAAGGAUGGGCUUCGUGGAAGAAAUGGACAUGCAAAGUCCAGCCAGAGAAGCUGGACUCUACCUGCCUCCUCAGAAGAAAGCCUGUCCUUCCCACUUGAGCUCAGAGAGUGGCAGCAUCCCGGGAGACUGCACAGGAAGCAGCAGAAAAGCCUCGAAACCCCGGUCCAUCCAGAAGUCGUGGUUUGCUCAGUUCCCGUGGUUGGUCAUGAAUGAGGAGCGGACGGCUCUCUUUUGCUCUGCCUGCCGAGAAUACCCAUCUGUCCGGGACAAACGGUCAAAAUUAAUAGAAGGUUACACGGGACCAUUCAAGGUGGAGACUCUCAAAUACCACGCCAAGAGCAAGGCCCACGUGUUCUGUGUCAAGGCCCUGGCGGCUCGGGACCCCAUCUGGGCGGCCCGUUUCCGGAGCAUCCGCGAUGUGUCUGGCGAGGUACUGGCUGGCCCAGGGCACCUCUUCACUGCAGGUUAUCCCCUGUUUUACCCCCCAGGGCCUCUGGAGGCCUACGAUAAUGUGGCCCAGCUCCUGCCCAGCUCGAGAGCCGCCCUGGAGGACCCUGCAUUGUACCUGGAUUGCAUUCCUGAUUUCAGGCACAAAGGAAUUGAUGACAUCCGCAGCUCCUCAGACGUUGUUAACAUUUUGUGUAACGACCCUGCUGAACCCUGUGGCCAGGAUCCUUCUGAAGAGGGGCUGUUUGAGGAGGUUCCCAUGGUGUUUGAGGAGCUCCCGGUGGUGUUUGAGGAUGUGGCGGUGUAUUUCACCCGGGAGGAGUGGGGCGCGCUAGACAAGCGGCAGAAGGAGCUGUACAGAGACGUGAUGCGGAUGAAUUAUGAGCUGUUGGCGUCCCUGGGGCCUGCUGCUGCCAAACCAGACUUGAUCUCAAAACUGGAGCGGAGAGCUGCACCCUGGAUCAAGGACCCAAAUGGGCCAAAGUGGGGUAAAGGCCGUCCUCCAGGGAAGAAGACAAUGGUGGCGGCUAGAGAGGGGCACACCCAGGCCUCGGCUGUGGGGUCUGCAUUGCUUCCCGCUCCUCCUGUGCAGACGUGUCCCUCCUACUGCAGUCCUAGCCUCUGUGAGGUAGAAGCAGAUGGACGGAGGAAAAUCGAGAGGACUUACAGACCCCGCUCAAUUCAGAGGUCGUGGUUUGGGCAGUUCCCAUGGUUAGUAAUUGACCCAAAAGAGACCAAGCUCUUCUGCUCAGCUUGCAAAGAAAGACCUAGUCUCCACGACAGAUCAUCCCGGUUAGUCCGUGGUUACACGGGUCCUUUUAAAGUGGAGACUUUAAAGUACCACGAAGUCAGCAAAGCACACAAGCUCUGUGUCAACACCAUGGAAGUCAAGGAAGAUGCCCCGCAGGCUGCCCUCGUCCCCGAGAUCUCCAGUGACCUGAUGGCCAACAUGGAGCACUUUUUCAACGCUGCCUACUCCAUUGCCUACCACUCGAGGCCCCUGAACGACUUUGAGAAGAUCCUGCAACUCCUCCAAAGCACUGGGACCAUGAUUUUGGGCAAGUACCGAAAUCGCACCGCCUGCACUCAGUUCAUCAGGUACAUCUCGGAGACGCUGAAGAAGGAGAUCCUCGAGGAUGUCCGGAGCUCCCCGUGCGUGAGCGUGUUGCUGGACAGCGCCACGGACGCCUCCGACCAGUCCUGUGUGGGCAUUUACAUCCGCUACUUUAAGGGGAUGGAAGUGAAGGAGUCUUACAUCACUCUGGCCCCACUCUACAGCGAGACGGUGGAUGGAUACUUUGAGACCAUCAUCUCUGCCCUGGACGAACUGGACAUCCCCUUCCGGAAGCCUGGCUGGGUGGUGGGCCUGGGCACCGAUGGCUCGGCCAUGCUGAGCUGCCGGGGAGGCCUGGUGGGGAAGCUCCGGGAGAUCAUCCCCCAGCUGCUACCGGUGCACUGCGUGGCCCACCGGCUGCCCCUGGCCGUGGUCGACGCCUGUGGGGGCAUCGACCUGGUCAAGAAGUGUGACCGGCACAUCCGAACGGUCUUCAAGUUCUAUCAGUCCUCCAACAAAAGGCUGAGUGAGCUACAGGCAGGCGCGGCCCCCCUGGAGCAGGAAAUCACCCGCCUGAAGGACCUGAACGCGGUCAGGUGGGUGGCCAGCAAGAGGUGCACGCUGAACGCACUCAUCGUGAGCUGGCCUGCCCUGGCCAGGCACCUCCAGAGCGUGGCGGAGGCGGGAGGCCAGAUCGGGCACCGGGCCAAAGGCAUGCUGAAGCUGAUGAGAGGCUUCCACUUCGUCAAGUUCUGCCACUUCCUCUUGGACUUCCUGGGCAUCUACAGGCCUCUGUCCGAGGUGUGCCAGAAGGAGAUCGUGCUCAUCACGGAGGUUAACGCCAUGCUGGGACGCGCCUACGCGGCCCUGGAGACCCUCCGUCACCAGGCAGGCCCCAAAGAGGAGGAGUUCAAUGCCGGCUUCAGGGAUGGCCGUCUCCAUGGCAUCUUCCUGGACAGAGUGGAGAUGGCGGAGCAGCGGUUCCAGGCGGACAGGGAGAGGAUGAUCCUGACCGGGAUUGAGUACCUCCAGCAAAGGUUUGACGCGCACCGUCCCCCACAGCUCAAGAACAUGGAGGUGUUUGACACCACGGCCUGGCCGAGUGGGAGGGAACUUGCCAGUUUUGGGAAUGAUGAUAUUCUUGCCCUGGCCAGGUAUUUUGAGCUCUCCCUGCCCCCAGGAUACAGCGAGGCAGCACUGCUGGAGGAGUGGCUGGGCCUGAAAGCCAUCGCCAGGAACCUGCCAUUCUCCAUGCUGUGCAAGAACGCCCUGGCCCAGCACUGCCGCUUCCCCUUGCUCAGCAGGCUCAUGGCGGUGGUGGUCUGCGUGCCCGUCUCCACCUCCUGCUGUGAGCGCGGGUUCAGUGCCAUGAACCGGAUCAGGACCGAUGAGAGGACCAAGCUCUCCAACGAGGUCAUCAACAUGCUCAUGAUGACAGCAGUGAAUGGUGUGGCGGUCACAGAGUACGACCCCCAGCCCGCCAUCCAGCACUGGUACCUGACCUCCUCAGGCCGGCGUUUCAGCCAUGUCUACACCUGUGCCCAAGUGCCACCCCGCUCCCAUGCGAGGGCAGGGCUCAGGAAGGAGAAGAUGGGAGCGCUCCGUGUGGAGGAGGCCGUGACCCAGAAGCCGCCCAUCCUGUCCUACAGGGAACCGGCAGAGGUCCUGACAGCCUGCGUCCUGGAGCCUCCCCAUGGACUCCUGUGUCCCCACCCCAGCCAGGAGGCCCCGGGCUGUCCUGAGAAAGCGCUCCUGUAGGAGCAGGAAUCGAGGGGUUGCUUUGGAGACCCCCUGCUGCCCUGGCCCUUGUGACCGUGGUGACAGGCCCUGGGAUUCUAGGCGGCCCUAGAGCCUUUGUUUGGUGGGGACUCUCUAAGCACUGGGAAAUGGGCAGUGACAAGCGAGUUAGGCCCACAUCCCAGGGAGGCAGGAGGCGCACAGCCUGUUUAUCAAGGCCCUUCUCUAAGCUGAACUGUGACCUCACAGCACUUAAAUAUGCAGAAAAGUUAUCUCAAGCUCAUUUUAAGGUGCUUCAGGAAAUAAUCCCAUCAUGAAAGAUUUCACCACAUGUUUUGGUGGCAGGAGAACUUUUCUGAAGUAGGAGAGAUGGUUGGGGGUGGGGGCUUAAAGAAGCACUCCAGCCCCUGGGUCGUUGGGGAGCAUCCCGGGAGGCUGCCCACAGCCUGAGUAGCGUGGGGAAGACCCACGGUGAGGGGCACAGGUGAGCAGGUCUAGGGACAGCUGGCCUCGCGCAGGGGUCUGUCCCCCCGGCUCCACGGCAGAAGCAGGGAAGCCCCAACCUCAAAAGGGAGACUUGCAUCAGAGACUCUCUUCCCUCCUCCCAGGGUCCCCCUUUAGGUUGCAGCAAGCAGAACCUCUUUGCAGAGAGCAGUCAAGAGAGUUUGUCCUCCUGCAGCUUCUGAACAGGGGAGGAGUGUUUCCCUGGAGGGAGCCUGGCGCUUCCCACCAGUCAUGGCCCUUGUGUUGUGCCAAGCCCCGGUUUUCUACGGAGCAGAGCGGACACGACGAGUUUGCCCUUGGGGGGCUUGGGAUCCCUGUCCCAGCUCUGCCGCAGGCAGUGAUUCAACCAUGAUUAAUCCCGUCCUCUUUUCUGUGCCUUGGUGUCCCUCUCCGGGAAUUGGCAGCAGAGAAUCCAAGUGCCUGCUGGCACCCUGGCUGCCAUAGCACUGCUGGAUGACGGCGCCCCCAGCUCCCACACUCGGCCCUCAUGCUGCGGAGUGGACUUGGCUGCUCUUGGCUCUUGUCUUUGUCUUUUGCCACCGACGUGCUUAUUAUGGGAAGAGGUGCCCUCAGCAUAAUGAUCUAGUCCACUCUUCCCACAGUUGCUCUGGGGACCAGCCUGGGAAUUACUAGGGAUAUUUGUUUAAAUCCACCUGGUCAGAGCCCCAGCACUGUUUCCAGCAAGGUCCCCAGGAACUUCGUGGGCUCAUUCAAGCCUGAGAACCACCACCCUGGCUGCACAGAAGGGUGUCCCACACUAUUUGGUUCCCGUUGCCCUCUCCCCAUCACCCCAUCUCCCCAUCUCCCCUUCCACCCUGAAGUAAAGCACUUUCCUUCCAGGGCAGCUGCUUUGGGUAGGCUCCUAGGCUGCUUAUCGGGCUGAGGAUGAUGUAGUGUCUGGGUCCCGCCUUCCUAACCACAGGUGGGAAAUAGGGGGGUGGGGGUGGUUAGAGGGAAGGGCUUCUUUGCCAGUGCCUUUCUCUUGUUUUAGAUGGGCAGGAGGUAGUGCUCCAUCCUGGCCUUGCUACCCAGUUCCAGGAGGGCUCCCUGCUCUGUCCCGCAGGUCCAAGCAGUCUGGCCCUUGAGCAGCCAUCUGUCCACUUCCCACUCCUAGAAGGUGCCGAGAGCCCCGGAGGUGCUGAUACCGAGUGUCUACCUGUCUGGCAGUGUUUCUGACUCUCCCUUCCUAGCACCCCACCCUUAGCACUUAGCCUUAGCGCCAUCGCUUUCCUGUUUUCUUCAGCUUUGAGCCAGGAAUUCCAUUCUCACUUUCUGCCUUUUCACCUGUGGCACUGUCUCCCUUCCAGCCCUGUGUCCUGGGGGCUGAGGUGUACCACAGGCCCUUGGAGCUUGAAUUCUGGCAGUGUUACUGUCCACGUGGCCAGGAUGGAGUCCAGGCCUCCCUCCCACAUUCACGUGGGGCUGUAUGGGGAGGUCAGGAAUCUGCCCUAAGCCAGGUGCCGCGGCUAUGAAUCAGUGGGAUGGAAGAGAGAAGGGACCGUUCAAGUGGGAGUUAUAGCCCCCACCCUAUCCUUAGGGAUUCCAGUUGAGGUGACUUUCCAGCAGGCAUCCUCCCUGUGGCAUCGUCCAUCCUUUAAGAAUUCUCAGAGCAAGAGGCUAGUCCUGCAAGCUGUGCUGUGCGUGAGUGCCACACGCACAAGUCCCCGUGCGAGUCUGGGCAUGGAGGUGGAGGCCAGCCAGGGACGCCCCUGCCCUCCACAUCUGUGCUCUGAGGAAGCCUCCAGUGCCCGCUUGUGACAAACUUGGGCCCCUUGAAGCGGGAGGGGGUUGGGGAGUGGGGGAUGACGGAAAACGCCAUUUAUUGAAGGGAUUUGUACUACCCAGUUUCUCGAGGGGCACGGGCUGCUCUGGCUCUCCUGUUAGCUAAUGGCAGAGAGGACACUGACCGUUUUGUGCAGGACCCCAGCUGAAGCACGGUGAGACCCCUUGCCCAGUCAGGCCUCUUUGUUUUGUUUCAAGGCUCUCGCUGCACUCCAGACCCCAGGGUCUGGAGACCCUGUUCUCGGAGAGCCUUCUUGUUUUUGCCUCACAAGAAAACAAGCUGAAGGGCAUUGGGAAUGGAAGGAGCAAGCUCUCUGCCUUUCGCCAGAGCCCUAGCCAUGCCUCCACCCUGGUUCCCUACCUGUGAACUCCUCUGACUGAUGCCCACAGGGCUCGACAUUCUGAGUGACCAGCAUUAUAACUGACAGUUUGAGUUCAGUAGCCAUAGAGACCAGGCGGGAGGGAGAGACCCCGGCCCCCUGUCCUAGCCAGACACAUGGGAUUGUAAUCUACUCCAGACCCUUUUCUUCCCUUGAAACCCAGGUUGAGUUCCUAGGGUGCUAAGUAUUUAGCAGGACAGUGUGAAGAUGGGCCAGUUCCCUCAACCAGGUGAUUGGCCCAGGGAUGUCCUCUCCUCCUCUGGUUUCAAAGAUGUGCAAAACCACGUGCAAAACACGGUUUAAAAAACCAUGUCUGAUUCUCAACCUUUUGCUCUCUGAAUAAAGCAGAGUUUAUUUCCA